UUAUUUCCUUCAAUGAUCCUUACGCUGUAUGACCUUCCAGUUUUCAAGAAGGCAUUGUACUUGAACAAGAAAUGCAUUGCAUAUGAAAAGACAAAAACAAACGUAUUGCACAGGUGCGGCAGCAGAGGCAGUUCACACCGUUCAGCGCUCAAGCCGUUUCCCGAGGCGCCGUCGUGGCGUGUCGCAGUGUGAUUCCCGGCUCCACGAAAUCGUCGAGAAAAGCACUCUGACGGGCGGCCGAAAAGGCUGCUUAGACAAGGCGCCUUGCGCAGGUCAUGUUGACGCCUCCGUGGCAUCAGCGCGACAGCACACGACGCUAAGCUUUUCCGAGCGCGACGACGCGCGGCUUAAAAGAGAUUCCAGCGGGCUCGAAAAGAGCCUGUUUGCUUCGGCUCGCGCCAAAAGCGAGAAAACUAAAAAAAAAAAAAAAAAAAGGAACUGCAGCACUAUUCCGAAAGCGAGCCUCAACUAAGAAAGUGGGAGCGGGGGAAAGGAAGAGCGGAGACUUCUGCUUUUCCUGUUGUAGCCUCACCUUUUAAACGGAGGAGCACGUACGUCUUGGAAGCUUGUCUGUUAACAAACGAGCGGUUGCGUGCUGACCUGCUGUAAGGACGUGGGGAACGAGCGUGCCGCUGGCCCAGCGCUGAAGGGCCGCGAGGACGCGCUCCUCCGACAACCACAGCGCCGCGUGGGGGCUCUGUGGUGCCAGUUGCGGACGCCACCUACCGCAAAAAAUUUACAACGGCCGGGGGUACAGCGCGUUGUCCUUCGCUUUGCUGCACCGUCGAAGAACGGUUUUCUGUGGCCGCCGGACUACGUGCGUAUACUUUACGGCGAUGAUCUGCCACAAGUUCUUCGUGUCGAAGGAGAUCGGCACCAUCUGAUCAGGGUGGAGCACCACACGUAGGGCACCGCGUCUCCCCCUUUGUGCGGAAGAAGACCACCAGCCAGCCGCGCACCAAUCGUCACGUCUGCCGAGCGCGUUCGACACCGUCGGCAGGAGCGACCUUGCGACAGCGCUCAAGCGACCGUUCUGCCAGCUCUUCCGGCAAGGCAAAGAGGGUGGGUGACUGCAACCCGAGAGGCGGCGUACGGCGGCUUCUUAAGAACGCGCACGUCCCUCGGUCGCAGUCGCGCAAGCGCUGGCCAUCGCUCAACACCGCGGCGCAGCAGGCGUACACCGCUGCGCGGCGACAGCGCAUCCGCCACUGAAGCCGUGGCUGCGGUCGCCGCCGCAAGAAGAGACCGGCUGUCGCAGCUUCUCCCGGAUACACGCGCCACCAAAGCAGAGCCUGCAGCGUGUCAGAACAGCACCGGUGACCAACCAGCAUCCAGCCAUGGGUUACAUGGGCGUCGAGCACACGCCCCUGUUCGGCCUCGUACGAGCCCUGGAGCAGGUGCGGGACCCGCGGACCGUGGGCUGGCUCUACUCCGGCAACCCCGUGCCUAUCCACCUGAUCCUCGUGCUGUACGUGUACUUCGUCAAGUACCGCGGACCCGAGUGGAUGAAGGAUCGCAAGCCGUUCACCCUGGUGGGAGUCAUGCGGCUCUACAACAUCAGCAUGGUCGCGCUCAACUUCUGCUUCAUGGUGUUCUUCUUCAAGAACACCUACCUGCGCGGCAACUACAGCUGGCUGUGCACGGGCAUCGACUACCGGCCCACCGAGCAGUCCAUGACGGUGUUGAACGCCUGCUGGUGGUACCUGCACGUCCGUAUGGCCGAGUUCCUCGACACGGUGUUCUUCGUGCUGCGAAAGAAGAACUCGCAGGUGUCGAAGUUGCACGUCAUCCACCACUGCAUUGUCGUUUGGAACGGCUGGGUGGGCCUGACAUUCGGCGCCGAAGGCCAAAUCAUGAUCUGCAUCUGCAUCAACUGCCUGGUGCACGUGGUCAUGUACUCGUACUACUUUCUCUCGUCGUUCGGCCCGGCCCUGCAGCCCUACCUCUGGUGGAAGCGCUACCUGACGCAGAUGCAGAUCGCCCAGCUGGCCUUCUUCGUCGUGUACGCCAUCGUGCCCAUGGUCUACGACUGCAACUACCCGCGCGUCAUGCUCUGGAUAGGCUUCGUGCAGGCGCUGCUGCUGCUGACGCUCUUCUGCAACUUCUACCUGCACGCGUACAGGGGAAGCAGAAGGCCACAGUAUGCACCCGUCAAGAAGCACGUCGAGUGAGUGACUGAGAGAAAGCGCAUUCAGUACAGCGGGGGACCGAGUUUUCAUUUUAAUUUGUACAUAUAAUUACCGCAAAUACUUACAGGCGCUGUCAUAAUUGGUCCCACGUACUUCCAUGUGCCUUGAUAAGCAUUUAAGUCGGUCGUCAGUGGAGUGCCGGUUGCAAGACGUCCAUCGUCGCACGUCCAUCCAGUUUCGUCGUCGUGGUGUUCUGUGCCUCCGACAACGGUGCCUUUGCGCCAGCUUGAGCUAAUCAACCAAGUGGUCCACACUGUACGAACUCUGAUCUUCCGCUGGCAAACCGGCGGCCGUCCCGAGUCCACGAGGAAGCAACGCAAGUGUUCUUCGCGGAGAACAAAGGAAGCGUCGGUCGCCCCUUCGGACGUGUUGUUGCUAGCAGUAUGUAUACGCGCGAACUGUGCACACUGCUGACGUUCUGAGACAUUGCACUGAACGUGAGCGGUGGCUCCGACUGCGCGCAUGCGUACAACGCCAGUGCAACCCUGCGUUCCUCACUUUCACGACGCCCUUGAUUUCGAGGCAGGAAUAAAGUAGGUAUUAUUAUCGA